AUGUUGUAUCAUUAAGGGCUUAAGAUAAAAAUGAAUAGUUAAAAAUUUUUUAAAAUUUAGUAGAAAAGGGAUUAAGAACAUUAGCAAUAUGUGUUUAAGAAAAUUGUGGAUAAUUAAAUGAUUAUGAUUGACCAAAACAUCUAGCUCAUAAUUUAUUAGUUGAUAAAAAUAAUUAUAAAGAUUUAGAAAGCAAACCUAUAAUUGUUGGUGUUGUUGCUUUGUAAAAGUUGGACUUUUUGCAAAUCUAUAUUUAAUUUUAGCUAUUUAUGAAUCCAUGACUUUGGUUAUAAUUAUUAUUCUAUCUUAGGAUUUUGAUCAUUGAAGUUUCAGUUCCUGUUGUUUUAGUUGAUGAAGAACUUAAAUUCUUUUCUAGAAUCAGAAAUGCUAGAUUUUUGGCCAGAAAAAAAAUUUAAUGA